GCAAUCUUUAUUUUGAAAGCGCACUGACUUCCGCCACGGAGCGGACAGGUCGACUUCCUUAUUACAGCUGCCAUAUAAAAAGCGACGUGUCUCCCUCUGGGUGUCACACAUUUAGUUGCCUGUCUGUCAUCGCGAUAGACGCUUCACCGAAUCGACACCAUGAGAGAACCCACAGAUCUGGCUGAGUUCAGGCAAAUCCUGAAGGAAGCUGGAGACAAGCUGGUCGUGGUGGAUUUCACCGCCACCUGGUGUGGCCCCUGUAAAAUGAUUGGUCCACUAUUUGCGCAACAGGAGACAAAGCCUGAGAACGCAAACGUGAUUUUCCUGAAGGUGGACGUGGAUGAAGCUGAUGAUAUCAGUAAAGAAUGCAAGAUCAGCUGCAUGCCCACUUUUCAAUACUACAAGAACGGAGUCAAGGUGUUCGAGUUCUCCGGCGCCAACAUUGAUACACUGAUUGAAAACCUGGAAAUCCACAGAACAUAAAAUCCCACUGGCCGAUCCACUCUCCCUUAUUGUAUUCAUACCACAGGAGCCCCUGUUGCCCUCUGUACACACCUAAAGAAAUUCCAGUUACACCUAAUCAGGUCUUCUAUUCCACACAGGAAAUAAUAAUUAGUUCCUCAUCAUGUGUCGGUGACUUACUCCUCGUACUGUUUGUGACUGGCUGGUUGGAUUAAACCCUGAUGAGCACUUUUAAGUCUGUUUUUAUAUCCUGACUCACUCGUGAACUUUCUUUUGUACAUUGUGUUCAACAAGGUGGAUUUAAUAAAUAUAGAUGGUCACAGGAA